AUGUUAUAUACCACGAAACUUAUACCCCUCUUGUUCAACUCGGCCAAAGAGGUCCGCUCUCAUUUUGGAGAUCCGGAGCCAAAAGCUCCUACGGAUUCUCAUAUACUUAGAGAUGUUACUGCUAUGUUAGGGGGCAUCAUUGGGCAAGGGAAGCAGGCUACAAAAUCAUCCGCUGGAACCGAAUGCAAAACCCAAGGCUUGACAUUCGACAGUCUACCAUUCGAUGUGAAAUUUUCUAUCUUCGAAAUGGUUGGCUCAUUGCCAAGCUGGGUCUACUUCAGAUACAAAAAGGGGAAACUUGUUGAGCUUUGGGGUGGUAAUCGGGAAGUCUAUGUCAACGAAGAAUGGCACGAAUCUCGCCAGUUACGAAGGGGCCUGAGCACUCUCAACUUCUUGAUCAGCAAACCAGCUGGUGCAGAUAUACUCGCCGAAGGUGUUCUCCGCCUCCUUUCAAAGGAUGAGCCUGGUGUUAGAAAUCUACAAGAACGACAUAGGGGCGACCCACGCUUUUCUGUUCGAAACAACGACCAAGUCAACCCUAUACUUACGAGAAGAGAGAUAGACUGGUUCUUCUUCGACAACUGUGUCAAUAUGGUGCCCAGUGGUGGUAAUUGGUCUAUGCCUCAUUAUAUUCACAGUAUUCGAAUCUGUGUCUUCGGGCUCGACACAGUUUUUCAUAAAUCCUGGAAUCCACCUCCUGAUUUUAUAUGGCCCCGAUGUUCACACGUCGAGGAACUUAUAAUCCUAGUCGGUAGAUUUCGGAAAGAAGUUCCACCGUCAAGAAUGAAGGUAAUUAAAGCUUUCCAAGCUAACCUGGCGACCUUCAAGGAUACGCUAUCCGAAUAUGAUGAUGAGAUAUUCGAGCAUGAAGAUACACGAUACGAAAAAUACCUUCUCAGAUCUGAGAAGUAUAUGAUUGGAGAAAUUAGCAGACGUUGGUGCUUGGCCUUCUUAAAUAAGCAUCAUCGCAGGCAUAAGUGGUUGGACGAUGAAGAUGGCUUGCGGUGGCUUGCCUACCCAGUACAUGACGACAAGAAUGAACUUUCUAUUUGGUUGGCAACCCCUGAAGGACACGACUGGCUUGGGCAUGAUUGGCAUGAAAAUUCUCAGCCAGGGUUCCGGUUCCUCGCAUCGGAAUCCGGUUGGUGGUGGUUGGCGUCUGAUUUUGGUUUCCCAUGGCUAGAAACCGAACAAGGGCUAGGCUGGCUUGGUACUAAGAAAGGCCAAAAAUUUCUCAAAAGUCGACAAGCCUUACUUUGGGCAAACACUAGUACCUACAACCCAUCAAGCCUUACACCUCUUGGAACACAAGUUCGGAAAGCCUGGUUCAAUACGGUUGCGGGAAUAGAAUGGAAAUUCCACAAUUGCCCUGACGGAAACCCGCCGGCGCCCCCACAACCACCUCAAAGGGACUCAAACCCGCCUCCGAAUGUGGAGUUUCCCACUCACUUCAAAAAUCCGCACUUUCGAGGAUGGCGUUUUGUUAUUUGUCCGGAGGAAAUUUCUGAGAGGGCAACAAGCCGUCGAAAAUAA